GGGCAGGUCUGGGCCGCCAUGGGCUCGGAGAUGGAGCCGCUGCUCCUGGCCUGGAGCUAUUUUAGGCGCAGGAAGUUCCAGCUCUGCGCGGAUCUGUGCACGCAGAUGCUGGAGAAGUCCCCUUAUGACCAGGUAUCUCCUUUCUGUUACUACUUGGAGUCACAAUGAGGCAAGUCACUUGCCAUGAGUGACUCCAUCUUAUGGGAACGUUCUGUAAUAAGCAGCACAUGCAACUAUGCUGCAAACAGCAAGUAUUUAUCUCCCCAAUUAAGGAAGCUGCUGCACACAGUAAACAGAAUAUCCCAGAAAGUUAGAACACUGUCCCAGAAAGAAGUUUUGUUAGCUACAGAAUAAUAACAUUGUGCUGAUGAAAACAGAUCUGCUUGAGUUCCCACUUGUUGGUAUAAAAAAAGGAUGAGAGGCCAGACCUGAGUAAAGCUUGGCUCACUCAUGGUUUAAAAGACUCCAGGAGGCAGUUAUUCUGGUUUAAAGGACUCCAUGAGGUAGUUUUACUUUGUGUCAUUAUCUCAACAUAUUGUUGUGUCUUACCUCAACAUCUACUGGAUUCUGAACAACUCUGCAGACUCAUUAACCAGAGCAGCUUGGAUUUUAAAAGCACGAGCCUUAACUGAAAUGGUAUACAUAGAUGAAAUUGAUAUAGAUCGGGAAGGAAUUGCAGAAAUGCUUCUGGAUGAAAAUGCUAUUGCCCGAGUUCCCCGCCCUGGAACAUCUUUGAAACUCCCUAGAACUAAUCAGACAGGAGGGCCUAGUCAAGCUGUCAGGCCAAUCACUCAAGCUGGAAGGCCCAUUACAGGUUUCCUUAGGCCCAACACACAGAGUGGAAGGCCUGGUACCAUGGAACAGGCCAUCAGAACACCCAGAACUGCCUAUACAGCACGUCCCAUCAGCAGCUCAUCUGGAAGAUACAUCAGGCUGGGGACAGCUUCCAUGCUUACAAGUCCUGAUGGACCUUUUAUAAAUUUAUCUAGACUGAAUUUAACAAAAUAUUCCCAGAAACCUAAAUUGGCAAAGGAUUUGUUUGAAUAUAUCUUUCAUCAUGAAAAUGAUGUUAAGACUGCUUUGGAUCUGGCUGCCCUUUCCACAGAGCAUUCUCAGUACAAGGACUGGUGGUGGAAGGUGCAGAUUGGGAAAUGUUACUGCAGGUUAGGAAUGUAUCGUGAAGCAGAAAAACAGUUUAAAUCCUCUCUGAAGCAGCAGGAAAUGGUAGAUACAUUUCUCUAUUUGGCAAAAGUUUACAUCUCAUUGGAUCAACCUGUGACUGCUUUAAAUCUUUUCAAACAAGGCUUAGAUAAGUUUCCAGGAGAAGUAAGCCUGCUUUGUGGAAUUGCCAGGAUCUAUGAGGUGCUGUGGUGUGUGGGUGUAAUCCCAGCAAUUUGGGAGGCUGAUGCAAGAAAUCUUAAGCUCCUGCCCAUCCUGGGCAACUUAGAAAUGAACAAUGGUUCAUCAGCAGCUGAAUACUACAAAGAGGUUUUAAAACAAGAUAAUACUCACAUGGAAGCCAUUGCAUGCAUUGGAAGCAACCACUUUUAUUCUGAUCAACCAGAAAUAGCUCUUCGGUUUUACAGGCGACUCCUGCAGAUGGGCGUUUACAAUUGCCAGCUUUUUAACAAUCUGGGGCUGUGCUGCUUCUAUGCCCAGCAGUAUGAUAUGACUCUGACCUCAUUUGAACGUGCCCUUUCUUUGGCUGAAAAUGAAGAAGAGACAGCUGACGUCUGGUACAACUUGGGACAUAUAGCUGUGGGAAUAGGUGAUACGAAUUUGGCCCAUCAGUGCUUCAGGCUGGCUCUGGUCAACAACAACAACCAUGCUGAGGCCUACAACAACCUGGCUGUGCUGGAGAUGCGGAAGGGCCAUGUUGAACAGGCAAGGGCACUUUUGCAAACUGCGUCAACUUUAGCACCUCAUAUGUAUGAACCCCAUUUUAAUUUUGCAACAAUAUCUGAUAAGAUUGGAGAUCUACAGAGAAGUUAUAUUGCUGCUCAGAAGUCUGAAGCAGCAUUUCCUGAUCAUGUGGAUACACAACAUUUAAUUAAACAAUUAAAGCAGCAUUUUGCUAUGCUCUGAUUGUUCUUAGCCCAAAUAUAUUUUUAUGAAGAGACAUUACACACGGGGAAAAAGUACUAUGUAUGUAUGUAUCUGUAAUAUAAUAUAAAUUAUACAGGCCUAGUGAAGGCUGUAUUUGAAAUAAGAGUCGCAGACUUUGACCAGAGUUUAUUCCAGAAUGUAUAAUGAAUACUUUAUAAUAAUAAUUUUGUAAGGUAAUAUUAUAAAUUAUCAGAUUUAAGCAUUUCUAGUUAUAAUGCAUUAUAUGGUAAAUGAUUAUAUAUUUCCAAACAAUUUGAUGCAUUUCCUCAAAUUUUUAUAAAUAUACAUUUUUAAAGUCCUUAAGGAUUAGCCAUUGUAUGGCUUAAGUGGUCUGAAAUCUGCCUUUAAAACUAUACUUUUAUGGUUAAUAAGAUGUGUAUUUAGCCUAAGUAGAGACUUUAUUUGGAGCUUAAAAUUGUAUUUCAAACUAUUUUUUAUCAGGUACUUUGUGAUAUGUAUUGUACAUAUAUAUUAUGCUUUAAAAUAAAUCAGUAUAUAAAACACCAAAA